AUGAGAGCCAUCGUCACCGUAGAUGAUUGCCGAAGAACAGUUGAAGAGCAGAAAAUCAUAGAGAAAGAAAGUCUAGACGAUAUUGGCGAAUGGAACAUUGAGAUCAACGCAAAGCUUGCCGAAGCGGACAACGAGGUUAAACGUAUGAAAGAAUGGCUCGAAAGCCGCCAACACGACCAAGAAACGAGAGAACACAAAGAGCAAAUUAAACACGAGACAAGAAUGAAAUUCCAAACUGAGCUACAAAUGGCGAAGUCCAAACAAAACUGGCAAGGUGAAGCCGCGACUAAAGCUUCAUAUGUCAACGAGACCACUACGGGCAUACAAGCAAGGUUACCAAAGUUGGAGAUAGCAGAGUCUGAUGGUUCGUACAUGGAUUGGCUGAGGUUUGGGGGACAUUUUGAAGAAAUUGUGGACAAAACCAAUGUUGCAAACAUUUCAAAGUUAGCGUACCUACGCAGUUUGUUGUGUAAAAAGGUACUGAAAAGUAUCGAAGCUUUGCCUUUCAUGGCUGAGGGUUACAAUCGGGCGAAAAGUAUACUAAAGACUACCUAUGGCAAAGAAUCGUAAGUGAUAAAGGCAUACACAAAAGAGAUAAUGGAUUUACCGCAUAUUUCCAACGUCAACGUGAAGAGAAUACACAAGUUUGGUGAGAAACUUAUGUACUGUGUUCAAUCACUUCAGACUUUGGGUAAAUUACAGCGAGUUGAGGGAAAUGUCGUGAUGAUGCUCGACAAAUUACCGGCUAUAUGAGGCGAUCUCGUACGUACUGAUCCAGAUUGGGAGAACUGGGGUUAUGACAACCUUGCAGAAGCUUUGCGUCAGUGGACAAGAAGAAAUCCUAUCGACAACAAAGCGACAGAUGAGCCAGAAUACAAAUGCCGCAAACGUCCUAGUAAAUUCUACCAUGCACGCCAAAGCAAGGGAUGUGUUUAUUGUGAUGACGUCAAUCACAAGUCGGGGGGGGGGUGUACGAAAGUGACGUCGGCGAACGAGCGAAGACAGUGUGCUUUAAUUGUACUGGUGCGUCACAUUGUGCGUCUGACUGUGCAAGUAAAUCGAAGUGUUUCAAUUGCGAGAAGCGCCACCAUACAUCGAUAUGCGACCAAAACCAAGAGAAACCAAACAAGCUUUUGUCUGCGAGCGUAAGUGGCGAAGGAUUAUUUCCCGUAGUUGUGGUCAAGGUUAAUGGGAUUACCAUGAGAGCACUAAUUGACUCUGGCGCCGGGAGCUCGUACGCUUCCGCCAAACUAAUUGAUUUAUUACACCUGAAACCUUGCGAAGUGAAGACAAAACGUGUUGACAUGUCAAUGGGAUCAUGUGUCGAAAGAUUUGAAACUUAUGAGACGGUGAUGACAUCUGUUGAUAACAAAUGCCAGAUGGAUGUAAAACUAACCAAAGUAAAUAAGGAUAAACUAUUAACGAUAGACAAUCCUAAUUACGAAGCGAUAAUCACGCGUUAUUCACACCUUAGCUUUGUAAAAAUAAUCGACAACAACAAAAAAGCCAGUUGACUGGUUCACGUAGUGUUGAGUGGGGGAGAAUACGCUCGGAUCAAGACGGAAACAAAGCCUCACGUCGAGAAAGAGGGUGAACCUGUCGCAGAAUACACUAAACUGGGCUGGUUUAUAAUGUCACCGGGGGAGGAAUUUCACAGAAGUACUAUGCUUAUGACUCAAACCAGCCAGACAGACUACGAGGAACUCUGUUGUCUAGACGUACUCGGGUUAGCUGACUCUCCAACACACGAUCAAGAGACGGUGUUCUGCGAAAUUAAAGAGCAAUUAACGAGAGAUCCAGCGGGAUGGUACAAAACAGGGCUCCCUUGGCGAGGAAACCAUGCAAAUUUGCCAAACAACAAACAAGGUAGUCUACGACGUCUGAACCACCUCACAAAGCGACUACACCAAAACAGCCUUGCCACCGAAUACGAUUCCAUCAUCCGAGAACAACUCAACACUCAACGAGGGGAUUGUCGAGAGUGCAGCGGAUGUCCCUAGCAACAAGGAAUUCUAUAUUCCACAUAAGGCGGUAGUUAAAGAGAGUGCCGCGAGUACCAAAACGAGAAUUGUGUACGACGCCUCUGUGAAAGCCAGACCUGAUGCACCAUCCCUCAACGAGUGUUUGAAUCCCGGACCCCCACUCCCGAACAAACUUUGGGACAUCUUGGUCCAACAACGAGCCUACCCAGUCGUGAUAGCCGCUGACAUUAGGAAGGCGUUUUUGCAGAUUCGGAUCCGAGAAAACGAACGUGAUUCCCUCCGUUUCCAUUGGCAGAAAGAACCACACUCAGAGAUCAAAGUUCUACAUUUCACAAGAGCAUUGUUUGGGCUAAUCUCGUCGCCCUUCCUUCUCGCCGGAGUACUUGAGUGCCAUUUUGAUGCCUGGGAGGAGAAAUACCCGGACUUAAUACGAGAUUUGCGCUGAAGUUUAUAUGUUGACGAUCUGCUGACCGGUGGCCAAACUGCACUGGAGGACAAUAUCAACAGUUUGUGGCAAAUAGAGCCGCAAGAUCCAAAUCAUCCGGAAAUUGAGUGGCGAUACGUGCCUACCCAUGACAACCCUGCCGACCUAGCCAGCCGUGGGGGGACAGUGACCACACCGUUGUGGUGGACUGGACCCGAGUGCUACAAGACCACGACCGUUGGCCAACCAACCCAAUUACAGAAACUUCAGCAGAUUCAGAGGCUGAGGCCAAAAUCAUUAAAAAGAAGUCUUGUGUGUCGCACAAGCAGAAGAGACGAAGACGGACAACUUCAAAGACCUUCUCGAAAGACGAGACCUACGAUGCGUCCUCCGAACAGUGCGUGGAUACUGUGUUUUGUUCACAAUUAUCAAAGCAAACAAAAGCAACGCGGUCCGUUGACAAGCCCAGAAGUGGACGAAAUGAAAACUUGGUGGAUCAAACGUGUCCAACUCCAAGACAGCACAACCCCACAUCACGAGCGAACCAAAGUCGCCUGCAACGUGCAGAAAAAUGUCGAAGGUCUGCUAGAGUGUCGGGGAAGAAUCAGAGGAAAGUACCCAACUUACCUACCUCCUGACGCGCCGUUUACGAGAAAGUUGGUGCAGACAAUACACGUCGAGACACUGCAUGGUGGCGUUGGUUUAACCAUGGCCGCAGUGAGAGAGGAUUACUGGAUACCAAAGCUCAGACGGUUGGUAAAGUUGAUCCGAAGAGAUUGCUGGGUCUGCAAGCUUUCAAGAGCAACAGCCUUCACAGCACCCCCUCCUGGUCAACUUCCAGAAGACCGAACCACCGGAGAAACAGCCUUCGAAGUCAUGUGAACUGAUUUUGCAGGGCCAAUACGGUAUCGAAGAGCUGCGAAGCGAGAGGGAAAGACCUAUCGGGUCAUUUUCUCUUGCAGUUUGUCGAGAGCGGUCCACCUAG